UUUCCUCAAACCCCAUCUCUCUCUCUCUCUCUCUCUCUCUCUCUUUUAUCUCUCUCAUCUCUCUUUCUCUCUCCUCAAUGUAUAAUAAUAGCCAAUAUUGCAUCUCCGGCGACGAAGACUCCGUCGUCCUCCGCCUUGGACCUCCUGGCCAACACCCUAACCUUCACAAACCCACCAGCACUAAACCUUCUCCAAAGCAUCAAAUCGAUCAUCACGAGUUUCAUAAUCUCCCAUUGACAAACCCUAAUGACGUCACAGUUGCUCUUCAUAUCGGACCUCCGGUUUCCGACAAAGAAACCACUACCGGCGGGAACAACCAAGAGGGUUUGACGGCGAGGCAGGGACAGUAUUGGAUCCCUUCACUUUCUCAGAUCCUUGUCGGUCCCACUCAGUUUUCUUGUUCCGUUUGUAACAAAACUUUCAACCGCUUCAACAACAUGCAGAUGCAUAUGUGGGGUCAUGGCUCGCAAUACCGAAAGGGUCCAGAGUCGCUGCGAGGGACGAAAUCAUCAUCUUCGAUACUAAGGCUGCCAUGUUACUGUUGCGCCGAAGGUUGUAAGAACAACAUAGACCAUCCAAGAUCAAAACCUCUCAAAGACUUUAGAACGCUUCAAACGCAUUACAAGCGGAAGCACGGAGCCAAACCUUUCCGUUGCCGAAAAAAGUGCGAGAAAACGUUUGCCGUGAGAGGCGAUUGGAGGACGCACGAGAAGAAUUGUGGGAAGUUGUGGUUUUGCGUUUGUGGGUCAGAUUUUAAGCAUAAGAGGUCUCUUAAAGACCACGUGAGGGCCUUUGGUGAAGGUCAUGCGGCUCACACUGUAGGUGAUCGCGUUGUAGCUAUUGGAGACGGAGAGGAAGAUGAUGACGAUGAUGAUGAUGUGGAGGAAGAAGAUGAAGAAGAUGAGCGAGAUGAUGGCGAAGAAGAAAAAGAUGGUAAUGGAGAAAUUGGUCGUGGAGAGAAUAACUAUGGGCUUAGAUAUGAUCAUUUUCGUCGUUAUGGUCAAAUUUUCUAAGGCAAACACUAAUUAAUUUUUCAUUUUUAUGAACGAUGGGCGUUAUUAGGGUUUAUUUAAGUGAGGUAAGCUUGAUAUUAUUAAACUCUUCAUUAGUGAAUUUAAAAGUACCUUUUUAUUACGAGUUCCGAAAAUAAAUGUAGUGGCUCUGGAUUAUGCAAGUGCUUGUAACCUUAUCAUAACUCCAAACAAUUUCUACCUUUUUAGUUAUUAU